AUGGGAAAGCCGAAGGGAAUCUGUACGGCUCGCAAAAUCAGAAAGCAUCAUCAAUCCCAAAGAUGGUGCGACAAGGACUAUAAGAAAGCUCAUCUUGGAACUAGAUGGAAGUCCAAUCCUUUCGGAGGAGCUUCUCACGCCAAGGGAAUCGUUCUCGAGAAAAUCGGAGUAGAAGCUAAGCAGCCUAACUCUGCUAUUCGUAAGUGUGUUCGUGUCCAAUUGAUCAAGAACGGAAAGAAGAUCACUGCCUUCGUCCCCAAUGACGGUUGUCUCAAUUUCGUUGAAGAAAACGAUGAAGUCCUCGUAUCCGGUUUCGGACGUUCCGGUCACGCCGUCGGAGAUAUUCCAGGAGUUCGUUUCAAGAUCGUUAAGGUUGCCAACACUUCCCUCAUUGCCCUCUUCAAGGGAAAGAAGGAGAGACCACGUUCUUAA